CGCCGGAGCUUGUGGCGUCAAUGCGCCCGCCGUGUCCAUGGAGAGUAGUUGAGGGCUCGGAGCUCGGGCCCGAGGCUCCGGGGCGCCGGGACCGCAAAGAUGUCGGCUUCGUUGGUUCGGGCCACUGUCCGAGCUGUGAGCAAGAGGAAACUACAGCCCACCCGGGCCGCUCUCACCCUGACACCUUCAGCUGUAAACAAGAUAAAACAACUUCUUAAAGAUAAGCCUGAACAUGUAGGUGUAAAAGUGGGUGUUCGGACCAGGGGCUGUAAUGGCCUUUCCUAUACUCUGGAAUAUACAAAGACAAAAGGAGAUUCUGAUGAAGAAGUUGUUCAAGAUGGAGUCAGAGUGUUCAUCGAGAAGAAAGCACAACUAACACUUCUAGGAACAGAAAUGGACUAUAUUGAAGACAAAUUAUCCAGUGAGUUUGUCUUCAACAACCCAAACAUCAAAGGAACUUGUGGCUGUGGAGAAAGCUUUAACGUGUGAAACGUCAGGACCCUGGCUUCAAACUCCAGGGGGGCUGGAGGCUGCCUGCAGAGAGCUGAAGAGAUCAUGUGACUAUCUGUGCUCAAGGUUUAUGAUGUGUGACCACCUUAUGGGGAAAAUAAAGUGAUGCAUUUUGAAAAUGAAA